UUAGCCUUAUAUAAGUCUCACUUGUACUCUUUCUACUGAGAGUUGAAACCCUAGAGAUCUUUGGUUCACCGCUUGGAACUGAAAAAGCUACCGGCCUGCUUCCCCGCCGGUAACUGCUAUUGCCGGCGCCGGUUGCCGUCAUUCUCUCCGAGCUACUCCUGCUGUGUGGCUGUUUUAGCUGGGCAGGAUGGACCACGUAGGGGAAAAGGCAUAUGAGAAAGUUGAGAAGAUUGGUGAAGGAACUUAUGGUGUUGUGUACAAAGCUCGUGACCGCAACACCAAUGAAACAAUAGCAUUGAAGAAAAUCCGUUUAGAGCAGGAGGAUGAGGGUGUGCCUAGUACUGCUAUUAGAGAAAUCUCCCUUUUGAAAGAAAUGCAGCAUGGAAACAUUGUUAGGUUACAGGAUGUUGUACACAGUGAGAAUCGCUUGUAUCUAGUUUUUGAGUAUCUAGACUUGGAUUUGAAGAAGCACAUGGAUUCAAGCCCAGAUUUCGCAAAGGACCCACGUUUAAUAAAAACAUUCCUAUACCAGAUUCUCCGUGGCAUUGCCUACUGCCAUUCUCAUAGGGUUCUUCAUCGGGAUUUGAAACCACAAAAUUUGCUGAUAGAUCGCCGUACAAAUGCAUUAAAGCUUGCAGAUUUUGGGCUGGCCAGAGCAUUUGGCAUACCUGUUAGGACAUUUACACAUGAGGUUGUGACACUGUGGUACAGAGCACCUGAAAUACUGCUAGGAUCUCGUCAUUACUCUACUCCAGUUGAUGUGUGGUCGGUGGGAUGUAUAUUUGCUGAGAUGGUGAACCAACGGCCGUUAUUUCCUGGAGACUCUGAGAUUGAUGAAUUAUUCAAGAUCUUCAGGGUCUUGGGAACCCCAAAAGAGGAUAUAUGGCCUGGAGUGACUUCGUUACCUGAUUUUAAAUCUGCCUUUCCUAAGUGGACUGCCAAGGAUUUGGCAAGUGUAGUUCCAAACCUUGAGCCAGCUGGUGUUGAUCUUCUUUCUAAAAUGCUCUGCAUGGAUCCAAGCAGAAGAAUCACAGCGAGAAGCGCUCUAGAGCAUGAAUACUUCAAGGAUAUUGGAUUCGUACCCUAAUACCACCGUAGUCUGAUCAUGGUGUGCAAGAGAUAUUGUUGUCUAUAUUGUUUGUGUAGCAUUCUCUGGGUUUUGAUUGUUGAGUAAUCUGCUUGCAAUUUUUCUCAGUUUCUCUUCAACCUUGAAUGACCAAAUCCAUGUUAAACUUAAGUGUGUUUUUGUGGUCCUUUUUUGGUCAAAUAUCAUAGUCUCACCUUUCUAUAUAUACAUAUAUAUUCCAAAGGGACCACAAAAUUCGUUUUAA